CAUACCUUUAGAAAAUAAAUCAAAACAUUGCCAUCAGGCUUUGGUGUGAACGUACAGCAUCUGCACAAGCAAAAUAUAAAGCGUUACAUAUAGGCAACAUCUACGUCAAUAUCCUAUUGUACACUAUCAGCGCUUGCUAGCCAGCAAUGCGCCAGACAGAAUGUCUGAACACAUGGAACGAUAGCUAAUUAACGUUCGGUUAAACUAGCUAACAUUCGCUGUCAUAAUAAUAAUAAUAAUAAUACUUCAUACUUCAUACUUAAUACUUAAUAAUACUUUCAAUGCAUGUUUAACUAAACAGUUAAAUCCCUGCAUGUUAUAUUGAACAGUACAUUUAAAGCAUGGACUUGGCUAGCGGAGUUUACGGCUAGUCGGGAACAUAUCAGGUACAGUGCUUUGUACAGUCAACCUACCCGAUCAAAAGCAUAGGCUUCUCUGAUCGGGUAGGGAGACAGCACUGGACUACACGCAUCAGAUCUGCAGUACACCAUAUGGCCAAAGGUGGCUCCCAUUCACACUUUUUAAACAAGGCAGUUUAAUUUUGGCGAAAAUCAUAUAAAACCAUACACUACAUUUUUAACUCUGUUACACUGGCUUUAAAGCUGACCGUUUAAUUUAAACAUGACAGUAGACUUCACAGCUGACUUGAUGCUUUUCUAUCGUGAAUGUCACUUCUGUCGAAUGUCUUUAAUAAUAUGAAACUGCAUAACUGUUUGCACUGUGAAUAUAUACACUGUGUUAGUAAUUCAAAAUUAUCCUAAACAACAGUGGUCCUUCGUUAUUUUUGCAUGAUAGACGACCUGGAUUGGGGAGUAACAGAAUACAUGGAACAGCGUUAUGUAAUUAGUAUACAAAAAAAGGGUAGCCUAAGUGUAAUCCGGUACAGUUAAAAAAAAAAAAGACGUAAUUAGAUUACAGAUAAUUUUAGCACAAUUUAAAAAAGGGGUUAUUAACAGGAUUACAAAUAGAUUUUAAAAUGCAGAACAUUAUACUAUCAUCCACAUGCGCACUUUACAACACGUCACGAGAAGACAACAGAGAAAACUACAAGUCCAUUUGAUGACCUCGAGUUAAAAAAAAAUGCUUUCCCUGGCUGGAAAUAUCGACACUAUUUUGUCCUCGAAGAUGAAAGUGGGAAGAACAUAACAGUGCUGUGCACCUUAUGGCUCCCCGCGGUGAAAAUACUGUCGUUGUCCAAGGACUCUUCGUCAAAUUUCAGGAGGCAUUUACAGGUUGGGAGCCUGCAGAGCAGACUUGAGUUUGUGUCUGGCUGGAGAAAGGAACACGAGAGAAAGGAGGAAAAGCAGUUUGUGAGAGAGAGAGAGAGAGAGAGAGAGAAAGAGUGAGCCAUGGCAGACACGCAGCUGACCUCAGAUCAGACGGAAUGUAUUCUUUGUUCGGGUACUCAGAAGGCAGACAAGGGGAAGGACUGUCCCCAGUGCAGCAAGAAGAGCAGCAGCGGUGGUGGUGGGAAAGCCGGUCCAGUACCUGAGGGGAAGCCGCAGGUGAACGGCCAGCCAGGUAAAGAGAACGGUUCCAAAACUGAAAAUAAAUCAGAGGAUAAGGAAACUCCAGAUCUGAAUAAGAAAGCUUCAGAGUCUAAGACUGCCACAGACGAGACUAAGAUCCAGAAGGACCUGAAGGAGUCGGAGGACCCCCAGAAGCCACAAGAGGACUCCGGUGGGGAGACGGAGGCACCCGCCUCAGAGGAGGUGAAAGAGAAUGGUGCAGCAGCAGAGGAGGUGAAAGAGGAGGAGGUUCUGGGCCCGAAUGACGUGGUGUGCGACUCCUGCAUCGAGAACCCGCGCCGCGCCUCCAGGUCGUGCCUCACCUGCCUGGUGUCGUACUGCGAGGCCCACCUGAGGCCCCACCUGGAGAACCCCAAGUUCCAGAACCACCGGCUGGUGGACCCGCUGCAGGACAUCGAGCGGCGCACGUGCGAGAACCACAAGUGGCCCCUGGAUCUGUACUGCUGCGCCGACUCCUGCUGCGUCUGUCAGGACUGCGUCAGCGAGGAGCACCGCGGACACAACACCGUGCCCAUCGAGGAGGCGCGCAGGAAGAUAGAGAAAGAGCUGCACGAUAAGCAAACCGAGAUGGUGAAGACGGUGAGUGCAGCAGAGAAUGCCAUCAGCAAGCUUCAGGUCAACACCGUCUCCAUCGAGACGUCAGUGAAGGACGUUUGCGGCGUGAUCGAGCAGCAGUUCUCAGCGCUGCAGGCUGCGGUGGAGCGAGCGCAGCGCGAGGUGACGGAGAUGCUGGAGGGCGAGGAGCGCCAGGCUCUCCGCCAGGUGGAGGGGAUCCGCGUGCACCUGGAGCAGCGCUGCACCGAGCUCAAGCGCACCCAGACGCAGGUGGAGAAGCUCUCACGCAACAAGAACGACGUGGACUUUCUACAGGAAUACUCAGAAUGGAAGAAAGACGCUCCAGACGUCUCACUACCUGGUGUAUCCAUCGGUCUGAUGGAUCGCCUCACCGCCUUCAGCCGUGUGAUUGUGAGCUCAACCCAGGAGCUGUGCGAUAAGCUGCUCUCCACCUACAUCGACACGCUCAAGGAAACCUGCAAGAAUGAUAAACUCAGCAUUAAAACCACAGUACAGUCCAUUGUUGCAGCUAAACAAAAUGUAUCCAUCCCUAACCCAAAGACAAGAGAAGACUUUCUGAAGUACUCCACUUCCCUGACCUUCGAUGGCAACACCGUGCACAAGUUCCUCCGGCUGACGGAGGAGAACCGCAAGGUAACCAACACCACUCCCUGGCAGCACAGCUACCCAGACGUCCCGGAGCGGUUCGAGCACUGGCGGCAGGUCCUCACCACCGAGAGCUUCUACAUGGGCCGCCACUACUUCGAGGUGGAGGUGAGCGGCGAGGGCACUCACGUGGGGCUGACCUACAAGAGCAUCGAGCGCAAAGGCGAGGAGAGCAACUGCUGUAUCACAGGCAACAACUUCUCCUGGAGCCUGCGCUGGGACGGACGGAGCUUCUCGGCCUGGCACAGCGAUGUGGAGACACCGCUGAGUGCCCCGAAGGCGACGAGGAUCGGCGUGUACGUGGACUACCACCGCGGGCUCCUGGCGUUCUACGGCGCGGAGGACGGGAUGUCCCUGAUCCACGAGUACCAGGCGGAGUUCCUGGAGCCGCUCUACCCCGCCUUCUGGCUGUCCAAGAAGGAGAACGUGGUGCUGCUGGUGCCCCCGGGGGACACCCGGCCAGUCAAGAGCCCCUCCCCGCCCUCGACUCCACCCACCCUUCCUGGGUUGCCACCCUCCCUGUCACAGUAGGGCUUAGCCAGGCCUGGUCUACUUAUUCAGGACUGGCCAUUCCAGAACUGUAGCCAUGUUUCAUGGUAAUGUAUACCCAGUCAAACUGCCAUUUCUGGAACAUGAAUCCUUGGCCCACAAUAUGACAUUUUCUGACACUCAAGAGCCCCUCCCCAACUUCAUCUCAACCGACUCUUCCUGUAUCGCAGCCCUUCUUGCCACAGUAGAGCUCAGCUGGAUACUUCAAAGCUGCACUAUUGGUUUAGCAUUUGUGUUAAGACUAGUUCUGAACAAAGUAGUGGCUCACUUAAACUCUCAGGGGUGAAAUUGUACCCAUGUUUCAUGUUUAUUCACACUUAGGCAAACUGUAAUCCUUGGCCCAUACAAUGACAUUUUCUUCCUCUGAACUUUCAACUGAACAUUCAACAUUCAACAUUCAAAUCAAAUGUAAUACCAAGUAUUGAAGAUGGCACACUCUUCCUUUACACUGGACCACCUCAAUGACACUGAGAUGACAACAUUUAGUUCAGAGGACGCUGACAGACCGGAUGAAAUGAUAUUGUUCUUCCUCAGAAUAACAUCCAUUCAAAAAAUGCAGUGCAUAUUUAAGGCAAAUGUUUUUCUGAUGAAACAGUAUUUUUCUCAUAGGCCUAGCAUUGUGGAUCCACAAAGUAUUUAUCAAGAAAAAGUCUAUUUUGUAUGUUUUCAGGUGUGUAUAUAAUGGUUUAGGUGUUCAUCUGGUGUUAUUAAAGUUUAUCGUUCUCUUUAUAUACAUAUGUUAUGACCUAUUUUCUGAGCUGUGGAUGUUUUUUUCCCAGCUGUGUGCAAUGUCUAAACCACUGUGACUUGUUGGUGAUAUUUAUUUGUAAGAUAAUGGGAAAGUUGUUACUGUUUUAUUUACUAUGAUGGGAGACGUACAAUAUGUGUGCCUAUUUUUUUUUCUUUUUACAACUAUAAAAAAAUAAUAGAUCAGAGCUCAAACAGAACAGAUUCUAGGAUUCUAGAUUGUAGAUCCUAUGAUCCAGUUUUCACUAAGCUGUCGACAGCCUGGUUUGACUAAGGUUGCGCAAAUUAUUUCAAAGCGUUUAAAUGCCAUGUUAGCAAUCAGGAAGAUUGAACACGCACAGUAAGGCUCUUACAUGCAUGGUUGCUUUAAUGGUUUGGUUAAUGUGUGAACUGUGAAAGAUCAUUAAAGUUUGACUUGCUUUGAACGGA